CAUACUUAUCGACCGAGGUUAAAGAAUAAUCUUAAGCGCCGUAAAAAUAUUUAUCUUUUUAAUUUCGUGAACAUUUCGUUGCUUGCGUAUCGUGUGUUUGGCUGCUGCACAUACGGAAUUAGAUAAUCUCUCAUUUACAGAUAAUAAUGUCUCAACUUAUACAGUAUGUCGUGGUUCGUCAAGAUUUGAUAAAAACUAUGAGUUGGCCGGUCGGUGCUGUGAUUGCGCAAGCUUGUCACGCGUGUUCGGCCGUUACGCAUUUGUUUCACGAUGAUAUUCAUACGCGAGCUUAUCUCGCCGAUUUAGACAACAUGCACAAGGUGGUUUUACAGGCUCCAGACGAUUCCAGUUUAAUGGAUUUGAAAAAAUCUUUGGACGAAAACGACAUCAAGCACAAGCUUUGGAUAGAACAGCCGGAAAACAUCCCUACUUGUCUAGUUGUAAAGCCGUAUCCAAAAGAUGAAAUUCAAAUUUAUUUUAAGAAAUUUAAAUUGUUUAAGUAGCUUGAUGCAAUAAAAUAAUUUCUUUUCACUCACA